AUGUACUCCGGUACAAAAUUGGACUGCAGCAACGGCUCCGGUUACUUUGGGGGACAGCAUUGGAAGCACGAUCUAUUCGCAAAUUCUGCUGCCAGUUACCGAUGCGCAGUUCUCCGCCUGCCAGCCAUCUGGCAAAGCCGUCUGUCCCAGCGGCUACAACUACAACCAGUUGUCCGAUCUAUUCAACAAUCAACCCAAUACAGAAACGAUUCGCACGACAGCAUACUGUUGCCCGAGGUGAGUGCUAAUGCCAAGCUUCGUCCUGCCGCCACUGCUAAUACGCUUCUCUACAGCGGCUUCAGGUACACCAUGUUCUACGAUAUAGAGAUAUAUAGUAUAUCCGGACCCAACUGCUUUAAGACGACGACCCUGACUCCAACGGCGCAAACCACUCCCACUGCCAAUACUACACCCACUACGACUGCCACUGGGUCCGCUCUCAAGACCGCUGCUUCAACGGCGGCUCUUGCAGCAAGGAAUGCUACCAUUCCUACAACAGUCACGCCCUUGGUGGUAACAAUGCUCUACCCACCCUGGAACAUUGCGUGGGAAAAGAGAGAUACCUCCGAGCUUUCACCAGCGCCACCGACCGUAUCAGUGCAGUUUCCUGUCAAGACCUGGGAGCCCGGCACAGAAAUCGAUCCCAGCCUGACACGGAAGCAACCUGACCCCACCGCGUUGGAUAAAGGCCUAGGGCAGAUUAUUGGAAUUGUGGCUGGCUGCGUGGCUGCCGGUUUUGCCGCCAUCUCCGCCAUAUCGCUCUGGUUUUGCAUGCGAUCACGGCGGAGAGAACGAGAGGCGUUUUAUCGCGAAGAGCACCAGCUUCAGGAGCAGCGGCUGCAGCGCAUCGGCGAAUAUCAGAGGUCGCGCUCACCGACCGACGACGAGCCGCUCCCCGUCUACGUCAAAUCGCGGGAGCAAGAUAAGGCUACCGGCGCUGGCAUGGCGGUGCCUCCGUACAAAGAGCGCCCGAGCUCGGAGAGCUCACGGCACAGCCAGCAGCAGGACCACCAGGAGUCAAAUGCAAGAGACGGCCGCAACGGCAUGCAUCAAGACACGGAUGGGUUGACAUUGCACGAUCAACACACACUCGAGACUACACGCCAGCAGAGCGGCGCGCAAACACGUGGUGAGGGGAAUCCACGACAUGAGAGAUGA